CCCUAGCCUAUUGUUCCAUCUCUCUCAUACGCUGGCUGUUUCACUGAGAGAUCUCACUGCAUUCCGUACACCUGUUAGCUGUAACCACCUGACCAAGCACCAGAAAAAGAACAGGAACGAGAGACGGGAUAUGGAUCUUUACACAAUCAUCAGUGCUGUUUUGCUUCUGCAACUGCAAGGUUUUCAUGUGGCCUUGCUCCAGGCACCAACAGACUCUCCAGGACAAAUGAUUGAUCAAAGUUGGCUUCGUCAAUUGGUCAAAUCCAAGCUAAACAAGACAACAUCACAAGCUCUGUCCAAUGACAUUGUUGAUAUGACCCUGGAGGGUACUGAGUCAACAGAUGACUCUGAAUGGGUUAUCGCAAAUGGCUCUGUGUCAUUUAGUGGGGAACAGGACAACAUCCAGAACACAAAUGAGACUUCAGGUGGUGUGACAAUUGGCACCACAAUGCCACCAGGGUUGCCAAAUGCUACAGCAGAGGAACCCCCAGAAACCACUGUUGCACCAGAACCCCCAGUGAGUGUUGCCUUAAACUCAAGCCAAGUUUCCAAUGCAACCGGAGAGGACAGUGGAUUCCAAACUACCACCACUACUACAAUCACAGAAAACUCAAAUGGCUCUAAUUCCAUGUCCAAUUACACUGAAUUAAAUGAGACAACCACAGCUCCAGACACCAAUAGCACAGAGCAGAUUGGUCCAGAUCCUGGUGCUGAGAACAGGGUAACCAACAGUACAGAGGACUUCCAUAAUGUAACGACUGCAGUACCAGAGCCAUCCAGUGAACCAUCCACAGCUUCCCCCUCCACAAAGCUUCCCUUGGACUCCCCUGGGACUACAACUGCCAAAAUCAUCCCAGAAACUACAACAACCACAGGUCCCAGCACAAUAACAGCCAUGAUGGAAACUGGUGCCGCUUCAGGAAGCAACUCUGCGAGAGGCUUGGCCUCAGAUGCAGUGCAGAACAAGAAGAGGAGUGAGGCAUGGGCUGCCAUCCUGGGCAUAGGAGUGGCAGUGUGCUUCGUGGCGAUGGUGGUCUACGUCAUCCUGAGAAGGAGAGACCGACGGGAUUUCACACACAGGAAGCUUGUUGAGGAAAUCCCCUCAGACCCAGUUCUACGACUGAACAACCCUGAGCCUGUGGACUUGAAAUAUGAUGGUUCCGCCUACUACAAUCGUGGACUCCAAAUGGAAAAUAUCCCAAUGGACCACUUUCCACAAGGACAUCAAAAUUGAGAAGGACUCCAAGACUAACCUUAAACACUUUAAAGGAGACUUUCAUAUACAAAAUACUUAUUGAGACCUGACAUACGUAUUAACAUGCAUAAGUCUCUAUAGCAGAAUAUCAAGUCAUGGAUUUACUGCACCCUAAUGCAUUGGUUAUGUGGGUUUGUAUAUUUUUCUAAAUUCCAGGAAACUUUGAGAUUUUGGAAAUGUGUUAGGAAUGUAUUAUUAUUUUGGAACAUUUGAAUAAUAUGUUUAUAUGUUUUUAUUUCUAAAAUUACAUUGGUUUGGAAGGAAAGUUUUUACAUUUGCUGGAAAUAUUCCCAUUCUUUGUUACGCCUAGGAUGAAUACUACCUUUACAUAACUUAGACUUCCACAUAAUUAUCGCAUUGAUCUCAAUGGGAGAAAACGUCAUGCAUGGAUCCAAAUGUAGGAUUCUAGACACUUCAGCACAGUCUAUUAUAGAAGUAAUAAAAGCCAUAAAUUAAGUCUUAA